GUCUGAGUUCAGCGCGAGGCAGGGCUAGAGGUUUUGCCGCGAAAUCCAGUGCGCGUGUUGCAGGGAAGACACCCUGUUGUUUCUGAUCUACACAGUGUUAUAGCAGCAUUUAAGCUUAGCAUUGAAAGCACUUAUUUAAGUAAUAUCGUAUUGAUCGUUUAUUACAAGGAGUCAGAAUAUUAGCAGGAUGUCGGGGUUUGAUGAUCCAGGAGUUUAUUACAGUGACAGUUUUGGAGGAGGUGAAGGCAUCGGUGAUGAGGGGGUCGUGAAACGCAGCCAGAUCAAAAAGAAGUUCCGUGAGUUUUUGAGACAAUUCCGAGUCGGCACCGAUCGCACCGGAUUCACCUACAAAUACAGAGAUGAACUCAAGAGGCACUAUACUUUGGGAGAGUACUGGAUUGAGGUGGAGAUGGAGGAUUUGGCCAGUUUUGAUGAAGAUCUGUCAGACUGUCUGUAUAAACUACCUACUGAGAACUUGCCUUUGCUGGAGGAGGCGGCGCAGGAAGUGGCUGAUGAGGUCACGCGUCCGCGGCCAGCAGGAGAAGAGACUGUGCAGGACAUACAGGUCAUGCUGAAGAGCGACGCCCACCCGGCCUCCAUCCGUAACCUGAAAUCGGAGCAGGUGUCACGUCUCGUGAAGAUUCCCGGUAUUAUCAUAUCCUCUACGGCUGUGAGGGCCAAAGCCACCAAAGUGUGUCUUCAGUGCCGCGGAUGCAGAGCAGUUAUCAGCAACAUCCCUCUGCCACCGGGACUGCAGGGUUACGCUCUGCCCCGCAAGUGCAACACUGAGCAGGCGGGCCGUGUCAAGUGUCCCGUGGAUCCGUAUUUCAUUAUUCCGGACAAAUGCGUGUGUGUGGAUUUCCAAACUCUGCGUCUGCAAGAAGCUCCUGAUGCUGUUCCACACGGAGAGAUGCCACGACACAUGCAGCUCUACUGCGACCGGUACUUAUGCGACCGUGUAGUACCAGGAAACAGAGUAACUGUCAUGGGCAUCUACUCCAUCAAGAAGGUGGCGCAGACCAAGGCCAAAGGUCGUGAUAAGGGAGCAGGUGUGGGCAUCCGAGCAGCGUACCUGCGUGUUGUCGGCAUUGAAGUGGAUACUGAAGGAGCAGGCCGUGGAGCCUCUGGUUCAGUUUCUCCUCAGGAGGAAGAGGAGUUGAGGGCUCUGGCUUCCUCUCCCUCCGUCUAUGACUCGCUCGCUCGCUCUCUGGCUCCAUCCAUCUACGGUAGUGACGACCUGAAAAAAGCCAUAGUGUGCCUUCUGUUUGGGGGCUCCAGAAAGAGGUUGCCAGAUGGUUUGACACGCAGGGGUGAUAUAAACUUGUUGAUGUUGGGAGAUCCAGGCACAGCCAAGUCACAGUUGCUGAAGUUUGUGGAGAGAUGUUCUCCGAUUGGGGUCUACACGUCUGGUAAGGGCAGCAGUGCUGCUGGUUUGACAGCCUCAGUGCUGCGAGACCCCAACACUCGUGGUUUCGUCAUGGAGGGUGGUGCCAUGGUGCUGGCUGAUGGAGGAGUGGUCUGCAUUGAUGAGUUUGACAAGAUGAGAGAAGAUGACAGGGUCGCCAUCCAUGAGGCCAUGGAGCAGCAGACCAUUUCUAUUGCAAAGGCUGGCAUCACCACCACUCUGAACUCCCGCUGCUCUGUAUUGGCCGCUGCCAACUCUGUGUUCGGCCGCUGGGAUGAUACAAAAGGAGAGGACAACAUUGACUUCAUGCCCACUAUUCUGUCUCGAUUUGACAUGAUCUUCAUCAUCAAAGACCAUCAUGACCAACAACGAGACAUGACUUUGGCCCGGCACGUGAUGAACGUUCACCUGAGCGCUCAGACGCAGACGGAGGGUGUCGAGGGAGAGAUUCCUCUGGCCACGCUGAAGAAAUAUGUCGCCUACUGCAGAACGAAAUGUGGACCUCGUCUGUCUGCGGCUGCCGCAGAGAAACUGAAGAACAGGUACGUGCUGAUGAGGAGCGGAGCGAAGGAACAUGAGAGAGAGACCGACAGACGUGUGUCCAUCCCCAUCACUGUCAGGCAGCUUGAGGCUGUGGUGCGCAUUGCAGAGUCUCUCGCUAAGAUGAAGCUGCAGCCCAUUGCAGGAGAGGAAGAGGUGGACGAGUCUCUGAGACUCUUCCAGGUGUCCACGCUGGACGCGGCUCUGUCCGGCAGUCUGUCCGGUGAGUGUGUUGGUCUUUCAGGCCGGGAAUAA